AUGUACAACGGCGACUCGACGGGCAGAGAGACGGAUGCCCUUUUGGAGAAAGGCGCUUAUAAAGGGACGGGCAAUAACGAGUACGGGGACGGGCAGGAUGUUGUAACGGGGGGAAGAAGGCUUGUGCGGAUAAGGGAGGGGAUGUUAGCAGUGGGCGCAGAGAAGGGCGUGCCACGUGGCGUCGUAAUAUUGGUUGUCGUGUUCCUGGACCUAUUUGCAGUUGGCAUGGCCAUGCCGCUCGUUACGUCGCUAAUCAAGGAGCUAGGUCGGCUUCCUCUCGUCUACAUAUGGAGCUGUGCAACUCGUUACUGGCCCAUUCUUGGUCUGCUGAGUGACAGCAUGGGCAGGCGGGUUGUGAUUCUAAUGUCGUAUGCUGGCGCAGGGGAGAGCUACCUGCUUCUAACGAACACCUGUUGCCCUCUUCCCUCGCUCUCUGCGUGUCCUCUCUCUCAGGGUCUGUUGAGUUACAGCAUGGGCAGGCGAACGGGUCUGCUGAGUGACAGCAUGGGCAGGCGGGUUGUGAUUCUGGUGUUAUAUGCUGGCGCAGGGGCGAGCUAUCUGCUGCUGGGGCAGAGCAGCAGUGUCACGCAGGGGAUGGUGGAAAAGGGGGAGGGUGGUGGGGGCGGGGGGUGGGCUGGUGCUGCAGAUCCCCUCCCCCCCACUGUUGCACCCACAGCAGGGGGAGGUAGGAGAAGGGAGGGAGGGGGGGGUGGGGCGGGGGGGGGGCUGGUGCUGCAGAUCCCCUCCCUCCCACUGCUGCACCCGCAGCAGGGGGAGGUAGGAGAAGGGGGGGGGGGGGGCUGGUGCCGCAGAUCCCCUCCCCCCCCACUGCUGCACUCGCAGCAGGGGGUAGAUCCCCUCCCCCCUUCUGCUGCACCCGCAGCAGGGGGAGGUAGGAGAAUGGGCACCGGGGCCGCGGUUAGGGGCGGCAGGUCGCGAGGGGCCAUGGCUAGGGGCAACGGGGCCAUGGCUAGGAACGGGGCCGGGCGCUGGGCAGGUACGGGGCCGGGUGCUGGGCUAGGGACGGGGCCGGGUGCUGGGCAGGUACGGGGCCGGGCGUUGGGCAGGUACGGGGCCGGGCGCUGGGCAGGUACGGGGCCGGGCGCUGGGCAGGUACGGGGCCGGGCACUGGGCAGGAACGGGGCCGGGCGCUGGGCAGGUAUGGGGCCGGGCGCUGGGCAGGUACGGGGCCGGGCGCUGGGCAGGUACGGGGCCGGGCUCUGGGCAGGUACGGGGCCGGGCGUUGGGCAGGUACGGGGCCGCGCGCUGGGCAGGUACGGGGCCGGAGCGCGGGCCAAGUACGGGGCCGGGCGCGGGCGUUAUACGGGCCGGGCGCGGGCUAGGUACGGGGCCGGGAGCUGGCGACAGACGGGGCCGGGCGCGGGCUAG